AUGUCACUACUAAACAAAUUUACUUUCAGUAUAAAUACUUGGGCUUGCAAUAAAUUUGUCAAUGUUACUCAUCCAUUGAACGACGAUAUUCGUCGUAGUUUUAUCGAAAGAAAAUAUCAACACGUUGGUUUCUAUGCCGAUGAUAAUCCAUUGAAUUAUUCCAAAUCUUUUCCGUUUCUUCGACAACCGUUUGUGCGAAAUGAUGAACAACAAAAGAAUAAACAACAUUCGUCUGCAUUCGUUAUAUUUCCUUAUCUUCGUAAUCUUAACCAUACGCUUGCACAUAUUGACCAUGUUGAAGAGUUUAUUCUCAAAAAACAUAUUCAUCUACCUUGUUUGGUGUCACUCACAAUCAAAUAUCAAUCACUUAUAAGCGUAACACAUCAUUUUACUAUUAAUGCAAUAGAAUUAAAUUUUACUUAG